GGUACGACUGAAGAGCGACGAUACCUUGUGACACCACCUUGCCAAGGUUCGAUGAGCCGCAACAUGGGAUCUGAAUACCCUCACGCUCAUCACCGUGCGGUGGUUCCCAUUCGAGAUAUCCGUGGGCGGGAAUGUGACUUUACGCUGCGCACUCAUUCUUUCGCCGCCCUCCCAGGGGUGUUCUGUACUACACCGAGCCUCUCAACAACAUCCGGAGACCGACAUGCCACCGACUUUGACGACCCACUCCAAGUGUCAGCCAGGUACAUCCCGCGCGUCAAGGCCCUCCUCCUCAACCAACUUCCCGGCGCGACAGACGUCGCGGUGUUUGACCACACUGUCCGCAAGGCCUCCGCAACGAAAACACCCGCUCGACAGGUCCGGAAAAUCCAUAUCGACCAGUCGCCUCGGGGUGCUCUGGGACGGGCCCGCCGCCAUCUGGACCAGCAGACAGCUUCGAUGCUGGAGAGCGGGGCGAUACGCUUCUCCAUCAUCAACGUGUGGAAGUCGAUCAGGGGAACCGUCACCGACCACCCGUUGACCUUCGCCGAUUGCCGGUCGCUUCGCCAGUCCGACUUGGUCCCCGUCCGGCAGAUCUAUCCGGACUACGUGGGCGAGACGUACGCGCUCAAGCACCGGAGCACCCAAGAGUUCUGGUACUGGAGCAAUAUGGGCGAGGCUGAUGUUUUGCUGUUGCAGUGUUUUGAUAGCCUUGAGAGAGAUGAGGCUGAUGGUGUCGAUGAAGAUGGGGAUGACGGAUUGGCUUAUGCGCAAUGCGCCCAUGGGUCAUUUGAACUGAAUGAGGUAACUGGUGAGGCUGAGAAGCACGAGAGGGAAAGCAUUGAAGUGCGAUGUCUUGUCAUCUACGGUAUUCCGACCACCCAUUCUGCGAAGAUUACCUAG